AUGCCGUUCUCCGCUCGCCUCACCCGGUUCGCCAUUGUCGCGUGCAUCUUCCUGUUCUUCUUCUCAGCCCACCUCAAGAACUUGAUGGUCUUCAUUCUCAUUGGUCACGAUACCCAGGAAUGCGCGCCUCCGGUGUCACUGCCACCGCCUUCUCCCCCGAAAUACGAGCCAGUGCCGACCAAGACCGUUCGUGUUUACGUGACUGAAGUGGUGACUGAAGUGGUGCCCCAGGCCCCCGCACCGGCAGCGGCAGCGGCUGAGGUGCCCCAGAAGCCCCUUGGACAGCAUACGUUUCUCCCGAAUGGCAUGCUGGAAGUCAAUCCGGAAGGCGCUCAUCCUAUUUACACCCUUGUGAAGGACGCGGAGGAACGCUGGAACGAGAAGGUUUCUCGCGCUAGCAAGAGUUUAGAGGAGGCGAUAGCGGAAUAUAAACGCAGAUACAAACGCCCACCUCCGAAGGGUUUUGAUGACUGGUGGGAAUACGUGGUACAGAACAACGUCCAGUUACCCGACGAAUAUGAUCAAAUCCACCGCGACUUGGAGCACUAUUGGGGAAUUGAGCCAAGGGACCUUCGCAAGAUCCAAAAGGAGCUCGAAACCAAAUUAGACUCCUAUACUCUCGGGAAGACGGAGACUGGCCCGGUGGAAGUCGUCACGUCGUCGUUCCAAGAAGGGCGCUACAAUCAACUCAUUGUGGGCUCCGUGAGGAUCAUUGGCCUUCUGGAGGAAAUCGACGAUGUGUUACCUGCGUUCCGGGCCACGUUCUCCCCUCAUGACGGCCCGAAUCGGUUAACUGACUACGGUGUUCAGCAAGCUGUGCUAAAGGCGGCACGCGAGUAUGAACCCAUCGAAAUUGAUGACCUUCCGAAGAUUAACCCUAUAGGCUGGGUAUCAGCCUGCUCCCCUGAUUCCCCUGCUCGACAAUUCAAGAUUGACUUGGACAAUCCUCCGCCCCCGCCUCCGAAUAAGUCAUUUAUCUACGACCAUCGUCUAGCCAUGGACCCAUGCAAUCACCCACAGCUAUUCUUCCAGCACGGGCAGUUCCUAUCCCAUAAUUACGGGCCCACACCGCAGAAGGAGAUGGUCCCGGAGUUCUCACAAUGCUCAUCGACGCUGCAUCAUAAUAUUCGGAUACCCACCCCGUAUGGAUGGGUAGAUGACAUAUAUCCACGAGCGGACGACCCCGAUUUUGAUGACAAACCCGACGAACGCCUUCUUUGGCGAGGAAGCAAUACUGGGAUCUUCCACUCGUCAACUUCCCGGUGGAAACCCGCUCACAGGAAUCGACUUAUAGAGUUUACGAACGACCUUAACGGCACAGCUAAUAUUCUUCCGCCAAACAAAACCCAAGACGAGCCCAUUGGCGACGGGAUCCCCUUCCGCAAAUCCCGACUCAAUCCAGCGUUACUAGACAUUGCGUACUCGGGCUCUCCACAUUCGUGUGCUGAACCUGUUUGCAAGCAAUUAGCAACGAUGUAUGAGUGGCGCCGCAUGCAAUCUAUCAAGGAAGCGGGGAGCUACAAAUAUGUGCUUGACGUCGACGGUAAUGGCUGGUCUGGGAGAUUUAAACGUCUCAUAACUUCGAAUUCUUUGGUGUUCAAGGCUACUAUCUAUCCCGAGUGGUACUCAGACCGUAUACAGCCGUGGCUACACUACGUCCCAGUCCAGGUAGACCUCUCUGAUCUGCACGACUCCUUGCUAUUCUUCCGCGGCGAUCCGAGCGGAGUAGGUGCACACGAAGACAUGGCACGGAGAAUCGCGGUAACUGGACGAGAGUGGAGUAGGACCUACUGGCGGCGGGAGGACCUUAUUGCUUACUUCUUCAGAUUAAUUCUAGAAUCGACUGGGAUGAAGACUGGGAUGAGCCCUAGAGGCCAUCAGCUUCCCCCUGAGCUUGUCCAGGCUAUAAUCGCGCAGUUAGUGCCCCAUGACACCGACUCCAGUGGUUGGACUACCCUCGAAACCAUCAAAGCCCCGGGUCCCUGGUCAAAUAUUCAGUCAUGCACCCUAGCCUCGAAAAUGCUUCGCGGUUUCUCUCUGGCAGCCUGGUUCCGCGUCCUGGUUCUCAAAGAAGCAUCCGAUGUGGCAUAUUGCAUGGAGGUGUUACCCCUGGCGGCGGAGCAGUGGACGAGAGAAAUAUUUUGCCUUUACGUGGACAAGCAGACGGUGCAUGAUAUCUCAGGUUUCAAGCGGUUAACUCGGUUAUAUCUCGAUUUCACCAACGAGCCUCGUAUAUGGAUGAUACCAUUUUCGAAUGCUCCGACCAGCCUUACAGAGUUACAUAUUGGCGGCCACGGAUGGCUGACACCAAUGAAUCUUUGUGCAUUUACUUCCAGCGUGCCCGAACUGCGCACGCUUCGACUGCAACUCAAGCGCGUAUGGUGUCAUCUUUGCAACUUAUGCAACAAAAUACAGUUUGCCGGAAUCAUUCCUGAAUCAAUCAUCUACGAGAAAGGCCUAGGACUCCCGAUCCAUUACGCCAACGUUUUGUUAACAUGCAGCAAGUUGCGCACGGUCGUGAUCGCUGUUGCUUAUGCUACAGAUGGCUCAACGACAAUUGGAAGUGGCGAGAAAGACAAUCCCAACUUCUGGACUGGUGAGUGCGACGGCUGCAUGAGCCUCAUGUACAAGUCAGACGAGUUCCGAGAGAAAUGGGUGUCAUCAAAAAAGGGAACUAUGUACGCACGCCCACCCGCUCUGGAGACAGUUGAAUGGCAAUUUCAUCCGAUAAUGGAGACAUCGAGCACGGCUUCUGAUGUAUCCACAUCCGACAUAGAUGGCGACGACAGUGGAACCGCCAGCUCAGCCGAAGAUUAG